CUAUUAUCUGUGCUUAAAAAAAUUGUGGUGUUCUUUGAAUAGAUACGGAAUUGCAAAUAAUAUUUUGUUUUGUAAAAAAUAUUUCAAAUUGAAUUAACCGAUAUCUAAUUAUUCUGUUUCAUAGUGCCUAGCAACAAAAGGUUAAGAAGAUGCCAUUCAAUAACAAGUUACUGGUACCAGUGGCCCUCGGGUUCUCUCUGGUUACUGUUACAGCAUUUGUAGUGUAUUAUGUAUUUAAAAAGGAAGAGGAAAAUGACAGCAAACCAGUAAGAUCAACAAAAUUUAAUUUUAUUGAGGUGCAAGUACCCAAGAGCAUUGUCCCUGCUUUAAUUGGUCGAAAUGGCGCAAAUGUAAAGCAAAUAGAGGAUAAGUCGGGUGCAACCAUUCAUUUCAAGAAAUUUAGUGAAAAAGAAUAUGAUGUUUGCAUUAUUCGAGGUCAAAGUCAUGCUUCACAAAUUGCAGAGACUAUGGUGCAUGAUUUCAUCAAACAACAACCAAUCAUUGUUGAGAAUUCUAUGUCUGUACCGGGCUGGGCUUGUGGCAGAAUUAUUGGUAUUGGCGGUGAAAAAAUAAACGAAAUAAGUCACCGCAGCGGUGCCCGUGUUAAGAUAGAGGGUGAGAGGGGGGCAGAUUUGAGCGCACAGAGGAAUAUAGUGUUCCGUGGUACUGCUGAGCAGAUACACGUUGCUAAAGGGCUUAUUGAGGAAUGUGUGGAACAAGAAAGAUGCCGACGUGAGAUGGAGCAGGCCAAGCGCAGUCCGCGCGUGUCGACCCCCCCGCACGCCCCGCCCGCCCCGCUCACGCCGGACUCCACAGGUGACGUCACGCAUGCCAGGCGCAGGACUGAACCAUCAAGUGCGUCGAUCGAAGUUUACGUGUCGGCGUCGUCGUCGCCAUCUCGUUUCUGGGUACAAUUUGUCGGGCCACAAGUUGCCCAGCUCGACGAUUUAGUUGCCCACAUGACUGAAUAUUACGGAAAUAAGGAGAAUCGCGCUAAUCAUGCCUUGGAGAAGGUGUCGGUGGGGCAGGUGGUGGCGGCCGUGUUCCGCCACGACGGGCGCUGGUACCGCGCGCGCGUCAUGGACCUGCGCCCCAACGAGUUCGACGCCACGCAGCAGGUCGCAGACUUAUUCUUCUUGGACUAUGGCGACAGCGAGUACGUGGCGACACACGAACUGUGCGAACUUCGAGCGGACUUACUGCGUCUCCGAUUUCAGGCGAUGGAGUGUUUCCUGGCGGGUGUACGUCCAGUGAACCAACAGACUCGCUGGCAUCCGCAGGCAGUGGAACGAUUCGAAGAACUCGUGCAGGUAGCAAGAUGGAAAGCGCUUGUGUCUCGUACGUGCACGUAUAAGAAGUCGUCGGCGAGUGUCGGAGAUAGGGGGAAGGAGGUUCCCGGUAUCAAGCUGUAUGACGUCACCGACGCCGGCUCGCUGGACGUCGGCGAGGCGCUGGUGGCGGAGGGCUGGGCGGAGGCGUGCGAGACGGCGCACAGCGUGCCCGCCACGCCGCAUACGCCCUUCGGCGACCUCAGCCACUCCAGGGUGCUGGGCAUGCUGGUGGGCGCGCGCGCCACGUCGCUGCCCAAGGAGCGCGCGCAGGACGCGGCCGGCGCGGCGGGAGACGCACUAAAGGAUAACGUGACGUCGAGGUCGCUGGCCUCCGGUCUGGAGUCGGCAGACAAAAUAAAGUCCAUUUCAAACUUCGACCUGUCGUACCCCGAAAAUGAGCAGCCGAGCCACGUCAACGGCUCCGACGACUUCAUCGCCUCCGAACGAGAGAACCUUGAAUCCGAAGCUUCUCACUUGAGAGAAGAAUUUAAAGCGAAUAUGAACAGAAUCGAUUCUCAUCAUAGUAACUUAGAAGCGUUAGGGCGACAAUAAAAGGUAAUUAAGUUCAAUUUAAGUUAUGUAUUUAUAAAUGUAUUAAUAGCAAGUAAACACUUUGUUAACGGUCUUAAUGAAAUAAGGAUUAUAUUUUUUCGAAUAUUGACGUUACAUAUAAUUUCUGUUUUUUCUAUUCUAAUUAUAUAUCCACUUUACGAUGAGAAAACACAAUGGUCAAUGGACUACUAAGUAUAUGGCAUUUUCUUGCAUUAAAAUAUUUGAUAAUUCGCACUGACCGAUUAUAUCAUUUGACAAAAAUAUUCAUAUAACCAAUAUCGCUUAAGGCAUAAGAUGCCUUAUAUUGGCUAAUAUUCUUUGUAUCAACGAAUGUGAGCGAGAUAGCAAGAUUGUCACGAUAUUCAUUUUCUUUAAAUAAUAAAUGAUAUUGUUGCGAAUACCGGUCAGUGUUAGGUUCAGUUUUAGGCGGCACAUCAAAGGAUACAACCACCAAAAUAGUUUUGCGGUUCUACAGAUGUUUUAAUUCGGACAAUCUACUCAAUAUAAUCUGACUUUCAUUUUCAAGCAAGAUAUAAAAUAUUUUAAAUUUUCACAUAUGGCAUAUGGCCUACUUUAUGUCUAAGCAAUUAUACAAUAAAUAAUUACAUGUUUAAUGUUAGUGUAGAAUAUUGUAUAAAUGUAUAAUUGUGGUUGUUGUAACGUUAAGCAUAAUAUGUUUCUUUAUUUACCAUAACUCUCGGUACUCUUCCCAUGAAAGUAUGGAAUAAUAUUUCGUGGUUGAAAUAUUUUGUUUUUAUUUUUUAUAAAUACUUAUAUUAUACAUAUAUUGUUUGUUCCUAUUAAAUCCUAAAGUAUAAUAAAAUUAUAUAUAAAUAUAUAUCUUAUUUUUGAAUUUAAACAUUUUUCAUAAUUAACAAAUUUAAUAUUUAUCUUAUUAUAUUUGUAUUUAUAGUCUGUGGCUAAUCUCCCACCUUAAAGAUAUUCUUCGAUGUUUUUAACACUAUUGUGUAUUUAUAUAGUAAGGUGUUUUAUCUGUAAGCUUAAUUAGAAAUUAUAUUUAAUCUGUGAUUGUCAGUAGUUAGUAACUUGAUGUUUCCGCUCGUGAGUUGUCAGUUGCAAAAAAUCCCAUAGAUAUCGAUAUUGAAUGAUAUAGACUUAAGGAAUGAAUGAUUUAAAACUAACAUUUGCUGGUAAUUACUUAUAAUUCAUAGUACUGUAAUAUUUAUCUAUAUUUUAGAGCUUUUUUUAAAAGAAAUUUUGGCCUUUUUUAAUUAUAUUCAUACUCCCAAAAUAAAAAGUUAUUGGGUUUUUCUGUCUGAAAAUUCUCAGUAGCAGCCCGGAGUCUGGAAGUUGGAAGUGUGUGCACUCCCGUGCCUCGGAAAGCACGUAAAGCCGUUGGUCCUGCGCCUGAACUCUUUCCGGUCGUGUCGGAUUGCCGUCCCAUCGGAUUAUGAGAGUGAGGGAAGAGAGAGUGCACCUGUGUUUGCGUACACACUUGUUCACUAUAAUAUCUCCUGCGUAGUUGGCUAAUCGCUCGUGAGAUUGGCCGCCGUGGCCGAAAUCGGUCUGGAGGACAUUAUUAUUAUUAUUAUUAUAAAUAAAAAAGACACAGAAGCUUAUAUAUGUAUUAUAUAAUAACAGAUGUAAAAAAAAUAUUUACUUGACUAAUGUCAAGUAAAAUUGCUUCACGGCUCAUAAAAUUUAACAGAUUUUUGGUUGUUGAUUGAUCUUAAUAUUAGUGGAAUGUAUAUGUGAUAAUAAAAGGUUGUGUCAGGGUUCGUAAGGCUAAUGAAAUUUAUAGUUAAUUUCAAUUUAAUGUAUACUUAUUAUAUAUUUCAAUGGCAAAAAGAGAAAAGAUAAACAAAACUUUAUAUUUACAUAUUCCAUAUUUGCUAGUACGUCUGCUCUUUAUUAAAUAUAGCCAGGCAGACUGGCAUAUGAGCGUUUUCACUGUAAGUGGUUUCCACUGUCCAUCGAUAUUGGCACUGUAAGAAUUAUUCACCGCUUAAGUCGCCAACGUGCCAUUAACCUUGGAAACUAAAAAGUCCAGAACUUACACUGGCUUGCUAAUCCUCGAAACAGUUACAAAACAAUACUAAGUAUUGCUGUUUGGCGGUAGAGUAUGUGACAUGUGAGUAGUACCUACCCAGACAG